GAAUGAAGUUGAGAAGAAUGGUUUCCUCAUGACAUCCCUUCACCUCUUCACUGAGGCAGAGACUUCUCAGAUUACCAGACCUGCAAGGGCCCAGAUAGAUGAAGAAAACACAGAGAGUGGGUGAGAACAGCUGGCACUCCGGAGGAUAAGAGAGACUAGCUAAAGCUGAGAUCACAAUUUAUUCUCUUUUUUAUUCUCUUUGCUGCAUUCAUUCAUCGUGGCUUGGCAAGAAGAUGAAUAUUUUCUUCCGCAGAUCAGUUUAAACACCUCCCCACAACACCCAGGAGAACAGCUUUCACUACAAUGAACACAAGCUUAGCUAUCUCCUAUCUCACCUUCAUUUUCACAGUAGGAAUGCUUUCUGGUGCUAAUGCAGCACAAGGCAAAUAUGCGCAACUGCUCUUUAAUGAACUUUUUCAAGACUAUUCGAAUGCUCUCAGACCAGUGGAAGAUACAGACACAGUUCUGAACGUCACCCUUCAGAUCACACUUUCCCAAAUAAAAGAUAUGGAUGAGAGAAACCAAAUUCUGACAGCUUACCUGUGGAUUCGACAAACUUGGUAUGAUGCCUAUCUGAAAUGGGACAAAGACCAAUAUGAUGGGUUGGAUUCUAUUCGGAUUCCCAGCAAUCUUGUGUGGAGACCAGAUAUUGUUCUUUAUAACAAGGCUGAUGAUGACUUCUCUGAGCCAGUGAAUACAAAUAUCGUUUUGAGGUAUGAUGGAAAAAUUACUUGGGAUUCACCAGCUAUAACCAAAAGUUCAUGUGUGGUAGAUGUGUCUUACUUUCCCUUCGAUAGCCAGCAGUGUAAUCUUACCUUUGGUUCUUGGACUUACAAUGGUAAUCAAGUAGAUAUAUUCAAUUCUUUAGACAGCGGUGAUCUCUCAGACUUUAUAGAAGAUGUGGAAUGGGAGAUUCAUGGCAUGCCAGCUGUCAGGAAUGUGAUAACCUAUGGCUGUUGCUCAGAGCCUUAUCCAGAUGUUACAUUCACCCUGAUUUUGAAAAGGAAGUCAACUUUCUACAUAUUUAACCUGCUGCUUCCUUGCCUGUUGAUCUCUUUUCUGGCUCCAUUGGGAUUCUACCUUCCUGCUGACUCUGGAGAAAAAGUAUCUCUCGGAGUUACUGUUCUGCUGGCCCUAACUGUGUUUCAGCUCAUGGUUGCUGAAAGCAUGCCACCUUCUGAAAAUGUACCCUUGAUCGGUAAAUAUUACAUCGCUACUAUGACAAUGAUCACAGCCUCCACAGCACUGACAAUCAUAAUCAUGAAUAUCCAUUACUGCGGAUCAGGAGCCAAACCUGUCCCUCAGUGGGCCAGGGUAGUGAUUUUAGACUACAUGUCCAAGAUCUUCUUUGUGUAUGAUGUUGGUGAAAGUUGCACAAGUUCACAGAGUAUGAAAGAGCAAGGUUCAAGCUUGAAAAAAAUCAAUGCCUGUCCCAAAGAGCCAAGACAAUAUGAAGGGGCAAGGCAACCACUGACUAAGAUUAGAAACCACGUGAGCACCCUGAAAAAGAAGUUUCCAGAAGACAUGAGCAAUGGCUAUGGACCCCAAGGAGAAAAUACCAGGGAUAUUGUGAGCUGCUGUUCCUGUUACAGGAUACUGAUUAAGAAUAUUGAGUACAUUGCUAGCUGUGUGAGACGUCACAAAGCAAAUCACGCAAAAGGAGUGGAGUGGAAAAAAGUAGCCAAAGUCAUGGAUCGAUUCUUCAUGUGGAUUUUUUUUAUCAUGGUAUUUUUCAUGAGUGUUUUAGUUAUUGGCAAAGCUCAUUAGUGAGCCGUAUAUACCAGGGCUCUAACUGGACUGCCCAAUGUUUUACUGCAAACUUUAGUGAGAGCUUGGGGAAAUUACUUUGAGGGGAUUACAGCUCCCAGAAUCCCCCAACCAGUUUAGCAACUCGCAUUGGGUGGGAAGAUUCUGGGACCUGGAUGUUCAAAAAAUAGCAUUUCCAUUCUCUCUCAUCAGUGUCGUGUUUCUCUUUUGUAAACGCUUUCAAAUAUAUGUUUUAACUCUCCUCAAUAAAUGAC